GUGUGUGUGCGCGCGCGUGUGCGCGUGCGUGCGUGCGUGCGUGCGUGCGUCACAGCUAGUUGUACAGAUCAGCCAACAGAGGGCGGGCCGUCAUCAAACUGACUAAAGUCCAAUGGUUAUGUUUAACAGCUGAUCCCAACAUGUAACUGCAGCUACACGAAGAGGAAAACUAAGUUAAAGCUCGAAUGGAGAGAAGAAACGACCUCUGUUAGUAAAGCUGAGGAGUGUUUAAUAACGCGGACUCUGGGUGCAAGGAAGAGAAGAGGCAACCAGUUGAUAUGGAGGGUGAGAAGGAAGGAGAAUCCUCUGACACCAGAUGGACUGAAGAACUCAGGCUGGUCCUCAUUGGAAAGACCGGCUCUGGGAAGAGUGCGUCUGGAAACACCAUCCUGGGCCGGAGGCAGUUCCUGUCACAGAUCAGCGCCAGCUCUGUCACCCAGGUUUGCCAGCUUGGGAGCGCUGAGCUCGCAGAGGGAGAGGAUGGCCAGACUGUCCCACAGAGGAGGAUGAGGAGAGUCACGGUGGUUGACAUGCCGGGGUUUGGGGACACUCACCUGAGCGAGGAGAAGAUCCACGCAGAGUUAGCCAAAUGUGUGUGUCUCUCUGCCCCUGGGCCCCACGCCUUCCUCCUGGUGGUGCCGGUAGGACGGUAUACAGACAAUGAGAACCAGGCGGUCUGCGAGUUGACCAAGAUAUUUGGGGAGGAUGCACUCCGUCACCACACGGUGGUUCUUUUCACCAGAGGGGAUGACCUGGAGGGCAUAGGGAUCGAGGAUUACCUAGGGGAGACUGCACCUGCUGGGCUUAAGGCUUUGAUUGACAGGUGUGGGGGCAGGUACCAUGUACUUAACAACAAAAACCCCAGUUACUCAGCGCAGGUUACAGAACUCCUAAAGAAGGUGGACAAGAUGGCGAAGCAGACUAGAGAAGGGUUUUAUACCAACACCAUGUUUUUAGAAGCAGAGGCGGUGAUCAGGGAGGAGCAGAGAAGGAUGCUGAGGGAGCGAGGGCCAGCAGAGGAGGAAGAACUUGCGAAACAAAGAAAGUACGACUUCGAGUGUAGCAGAGCGGAGAGCACCGAUGGAGGAUCAGAAGGGGUCAGGAGGAGGAAGUUGGAGAGAAGAAAGGAGGAGGAUUUUAGGGUGGAGAGGUGGUCAGAAGAGAGCAGAGGCAGCGCCUUCAGCUUCCUGAGAGACGGAGCUGAACGUUGCAGGGACCAGUUCAGAGGCAGCCGUAGGGCCGCGAGCAGGUCUGUCGAUUCGUCCCCAAGUCGCAUGAGGAGGGAGGCUGUGCUCUCUGCUAAGGUGCUGGAGAGAGUGAAGAUCCUGGUGGCUGCUGGAGCCACGGGCAUGGCGGUGGGGGCAUUGUUUGGGGUGGCUGCCCCUUUGGCAGCUGCGGCCGGGGCGUCUCUCAUGGGGAACUCGGUGGGUUUUGCUGCGAGUCAGUUCACCGGGAUGUCUGUAGCAGGAGGCACAGGUGUGGGGAAAGCCGUGGGGGCCAUAGUGGCGGCAGCCUCAGGGAAAACUGCAGUGGCUCUGGGGGCAGCGACGGGUGGACUUUUGGGGGGUUCCGUUGGAGCCAUCGCCGGUGCUGAAGCCGCCAGUCCUGGGGAGGGUGCUCUGGAGGCCCUGGGGCAGGUUAGUGUCAUAGGGGCCUCCACAGUGGGGGUGGCCGCAGGUGUGGGAGGCACCAUGGGAGCAGGGGCAGCUUUAAGCGCGGCCCUGGAGGGAGCAGCUUUCAGCACGGCAGCCCUCAGUGGUGCUGAAACUGCAUCGGCAGGAGUAGCCAAUGCCUCCGUAGCUCAGAGCAGUUUAGCCUCAUUAGCGGGGCAGCAGGCAGUGGCCGCCGUAGGAGGUGUAGCUGCAGGUACUGGGACUCCUCAGUGUGCUGCAGCCUUAGCUCAGGAGAUGGCUGCGAACAUCCCGCUGGCUGCUGGGUCUCCCGGUGUCCUGUGUGGCCUAACAGGACCCAGUGCGGCAUCGGCGGCCAGCAGGGUGGCGUCAGAUCCCUGGGGCACCGUGGCCGUAUCGACACGCAUCCUGACCGCGGUGGCUGAGAUAGGCAAGGCUGCAGCAGGCAUCGCCUUGGCCGGUGGCCUGGUGGUGAAGGUGGUAAAGAAAAGAAUACGAUGUGGCACAGGAACGACGGAAGCCAGUUUCACAGAGAAGUCGUCGUAUGAGGUCUACUGGAACAAAUGAAAAGAUGCAAUUGCAAAAGAUAACAGAGAGCAGGAAUUGUAAUUGCAGAAACUCGGUUGGAGCAGUUUGAGGCUGGUGAAUAGGUUCAGUGACAUUUGCAAUGCUGCGUGGGCUGACUAAUAAAGACUUGGUCAAUUUUUAUGCGGUUGUUAUUCAUCUCACAGCUGGUUGGUUUUCAACACGACCUCAUGUCUUCAAACACAUAAUAAAAACAAAGAGACAAUUAUGUGGAAACUGGGCCGCUGAAAAUGUCGGUCACAGAGUUCAGCAGUGUGAGCUCAGUGGAAUGAACGAUAUUGAUUUCAUGAAGGUUUACAAUUUGACUUUGUAAAAAUCUUUUGCCCUUUCUGAAGAAGAGCCACUGAGCAUGAAGACAAUGCUUGUGUAAUUAAGCUUACUCAUCACAGUAAUGGGGGUUGUAAAUGAACAAAAGGGUCUGAAGUGUUUGCACUGGCAGAUGACAGUGGGUGGUUGUGUUUGCAGUGUUUCACAUCCUGUAAUAUGUUACCAGAUGAGAGAUAUGCAGUUAAGUAUUAACACUAGUUUUGAACAACCUGAUUUCAACUUGCACUGUAAAUGUAUCAACAGCUUAGUGUUGACUUUGUUGCAGUGAAAUAAACAAGAAUUCUUCUUACAGUGAA